CCUGCACCCUCGCUUUUUCUUUACCCAAUUUACAGCUUCUUGACACGAAUCCCACUACAUUUCUACUCUUGUACUAUUAGACAACAAAUGUCACACUUGGAGGCACUGCCAUUUCCCAGCAACGUCGGACAGCCUGCCAUCAACCGGUCGAGCACGCAUUGCGGCAGCUGAAUGGGCCAAUGCGGGACGCAAACAGCCAGACGUAUGAGCUAGCAGUGCCGUUGGAAAAGAACCUGUAUUCGGCAUGCCCGGGGUGUGGGCUCACGUUCAACCUAUUGAGACGCAAGCACAACUGUGUCAACUGCGGGCAGGUUGUAUGCUCGGACUGCAACAAGAACAAAUGGUACCUGCCAAAAUACGGACUAAGCACGCCCGUCAGCUGCUGCACAACGUGUGACCGCAACCUGCGCCUGUCGAUUCGUAGCAAGUCGGAGCUGGAACAGUGCGCAAUUCGCGACCUACGCUUGUAUCUGCAGCUCUAUGGCCUGUACAAUCCACGCCGGAUGCUUGAAAAGACCGAUCCUCGUAGCUGCCAUUUACAGCCACUCCCCGAUGCCCCAGAUGAACGAAGUAAAGUACCGCAACUCGCUGCCGCGCCCGUCCGCCGCCGCACACACAGCCGGGAGCAGCCACGUGGAUCGAGUGGCAACUGGGAUCAGAUGUUCUCGAGCAUUGGCGAGGACAUUGGCCGGGGGAUGGCCAAUAUAGGCCAGCAGUUUGAAAGCCUGUUUGAUGAGGAUCAGUCAAGGCGCUCCCACGGCGGCGGUACCUACGAGCAAGUGCCAGCCUACGACUCCAAUACCUUCCCGAGGUCGCGCCCCGCCCACCCGCGCCAGCCCCCACGGCAGCAGCCCCCGCCGGAGCCACAGUCGCGGCCGAGAUCGGCCCAGGGCCCAGCUCAGCCGGCAGCCCAACCAGCAGCCCGACCGGCAACUCAACCGGCAACUCGACCGAAAUCACAGCCAACAAAGCCAGCAGCUAAAGCAGUAGUGAUCCCUGAGAUAAAGGACCUAGUGAACGACAACACCGAUGUCAGCACACUGAGCGCAAAGCAGCUGAAGCUACUGCUGCACAAGCACCGCGUGGACUACACACACAUUGUGGAGAAGCACGAGCUGGUGGAGCGGGUCGAGCGGCUGGUGGCUAAUACGCGGCUGGAAAUGGGGCGCGAGAGCAAUGACAACGAUCUGUGCAAGAUCUGCUGGGACGAGGCCACCAACUGCGUGUUCCUGAACUGCGGGCACAUGUGUACGUGUCUGGAGUGCGGCGAGCAGAUAUUCAAGUCCGAGCGCAAGGAGUGCCCGAUAUGCCGCGAGCACAUUGCGCGCAUUGUGCAUGUGUUUCGGGCGUAG